AAGUGACAGUGGAAAGUUCGAGCAGAGUGAAUGUAGAUGGGUCUGAGUGCAUUUCAGUCUGCAGGUUCCAGUCUGAUAAGAAGAGGAAAAGCAUGAGGAGAUAGCCGACCUGUGGGAGUCACAUUGAGAGAAGUGAGCAAGAGGGAGGCAGUGAAGCAGGGGACAGAGAGUGAAGGGGGGUCGGGGGAGUGGUUAGUCUGCUGGCUGCCUCUAUAUAGAGAAGACUGAGUCUGACAGAGCAGAUCCUGUGAGAGACUGAGGAGCAGACGAAAAGGCAAAGACUGACCUUUUACCCAAACUCCCUCCACCUGUGAAUGACUUCCUGAGCAACAAAGUUUGACAGUUUUUUUUUUUUUUUAAAUACUGGAUUACAAAACCAGGAUUUCUCUCUCAAACUAAGAUUUACAAUGAGGGUCAUCCUGUUGACGGCGUUGGCGCUGGUCCUGGUGGUGGAAGGAGGCACCGCAGACAGAAUCCUCUCCAGAAGGACCAAGAGGGAGCUGGCCAGCCCUCUACAUGUCGGAGGAAUCAGGGACCCGUUCGGCUCGUACUGCCAGAGGAGAGGAGGCUGCUGCCCAGGCAGAGACGACCUCUGCACGGUGCCUUACCUGGACACAAUCUGCUACUGCGACCUGUUCUGCAACCGCACUGUGUCCGACUGCUGCCCCGACUUCUGGGGCCACUGUCUCGGCGUGGAGCCGCCUUUCAUUGGCGUCUGCGAAAGAAAUGGAAACAGGUUCUUUACUGGGCAAACAUACAAAGAGAACUGCAAUUUAUGUACAUGUGGGACUUCAGGACGUUGGGAAUGUGAGCAGAACGCCUGUCUGAUGGAGCCUGACAUCAUCCAUGCUGUCAACAGAGGAAACUAUGGCUGGAAGGCAGCUAACUACAGUCAGCUCUAUGGCAUGACUUUGGAUGAAGGAAUCCGCUAUCGUCUGGGCACACAGAGACCCUCGAGAACCAUUAUGAACAUGAAUGAGAUCCAGAUGAACAUGGAUCCUCAGAAUGAACGCCUGCCGCCCUACUUUAACUCAGCAGAGAAGUGGCCGGGGAAGAUUCAUGAACCGCUGGAUCAGGGCAACUGUGCUGCAUCCUGGGCUUUCUCAACUGCAGCUGUGGCUUCAGACAGAAUCUCCAUCCAGUCAAUGGGUCACAUGACUCCUCAGCUGUCGCCCCAAAAUCUUAUCUCCUGUGACACUCGUAACCAGGGAGGUUGUGCUGGAGGACGUGUGGAUGGAGCCUGGUGGUAUCUGCGGCGUAGAGGAGUGGUAACAGAGGACUGUUACCCCUACCGAUCCCCGCAGCAAACGCCGCCGGAGGUCGGUCGCUGUAUGAUGCAGAGCCGCUCUAUUGGCCGAGGGAAGAGGCAGGCGACACAGCGCUGCCCCAACACACACAACUACCACAAUGACAUCUACCAGUCCACACCGCCCUACAGGCUCUCAUCCAAUGAAAAGGAGAUUAUGAAGGAGAUUAUGGAUAAUGGCCCCGUGCAAGCUAUUAUGGAGGUCCAUGAGGACUUCUUUGUCUAUAAGAGUGGGAUCUACAAACACACUGACGUCAGCUUCACCAAACCGCCACAAUACCGCAAACAUGGCACACACUCAGUCAGGAUCACUGGGUGGGGCGAGGACAGAAACUUUGAUGGGACAACGAAAAAAUAUUGGACUGCUGCCAACUCCUGGGGAAAGAACUGGGGAGAGAACGGCUACUUCCGUAUCGCUCGCGGGGACAAUGAGUGUGAGAUUGAAGCGUUUGUGAUCGGCGUGUGGGGUAGAAUCACAAUGGAGGACAUGCACAACCACCACCACCACCAUCAUCGCCGACAUAUUUAAAGACGCUGCAGAUGUCAAAAAUCCACCGAGACCCAACUAUGGUUGGCUUUUUUUUAACACGGAAGAGAACCAGACCAAGAGUCUCAGAACUUCAUCACGUCUUUACCCACCAAGCUGGCUGGGAUGGCCACAAAAUCAACCCCAGAAUUCUCUUUUUUUACAUUUUACUUUACUCUGGGGAUCAAUACAACCCCUCUUCUCCACCUUCUCUACCCUUGUAACAGAGAAAACCCUCCCAGCUCCCCUGUAACUCCAGGUUUAUGGCACCAAAAACAAAGAAAAUCUAAGCUAAAGUUACUUUGCCUUGCAAUCAGGCACCUCAGGUACCUACUGCUCCAAAGACCACACAUCCCAGAGUCCUCAGAAUAUCUGGUGAGACAUUGUUCAUGUCAAAGAUGGGUGACGGCAGAAGGAAAAGCUCAAUCUGAUCCUUUUCAUUCUUGUAUGUGUCAAGCUGGAUCUUUAGUCCUUUCUAGUUCUAAUUCUAUAAUCCAGAUGGGCCCAAUAUCAGAGGGACAGCUUGGAAAAGAGGAAAUCUGAGAGCCAGAUUAUCAGAAAUGAGACCCUUUUAGAAAGACACACCCUGCUGAAUGGUGUAACCUGAUAAUAUGUCAUUGAUGACCUUCCUGACAUUUACCUGUCAGAGUUCGACUCAUUCUUUCGCUUUUAGAGAGGACAUUUGUGAAGAGUUAGUAGCUGCAGGCAGUAGAUUUUCUCACACAUUCCAGUACAAAACAUAGAAUCUGACACUGGAAACACAAGAUUUUGUUUAUGGUAUAGGAUUGCAUCAGUUAAAAUGCUUCCUAAUACCAUUAGAUCUUUAAAAAAUGUAUAAUUUAAUAAUUCAGCGGACAAAAAUGAUGGCCCUUGUUCCACAUAUUUGUACUAUACAUAUUCAGAUAACAUUAAUUUAUCGUUUAUUCUUGGCUGCAGGGGAAAAAAAUAGUUAUGCUACAUAUAGAGCAAUGACAAAGAUCUAAAUAAAAGCCUUGCAGCCCUUCUUGAUGCCCACAAACACUGACGUGUGAAGAAGUUGAAAAGAUUGUAAUGCCUUAAAGGAACAGAGUUGCUCUGACCACUGCAAAAGAUAAGCAGAACGUAUGUAAAGUAGUCUUAACUUACUCUGUUCUGUGUACACUGUUACAAUUUGAGCUAAAGAUGUUAUUUUUUUGUUGCAGUUAUAUAUUAAAGUUUUAUUUUACUACUUGUUCUAAGACGUACUGUAUGUAGUAACUUUCAUAACGCAUCACUCUGUUGCUUUUCUGCUUUGACAUUAGCUGUAAGUGUUUGAACACAGUGAGGAGCACGUGGAGGGGAAUACUGCUGCUAAAAUCCAGUCUGUGCUACACUUUUCUGUCUUUAGUUUCAUGCAUUUGAUGUGUAAUAAACAUGUAAAGUCACUUCUAACACUGAAACACAGAUUCGAGUCACGCAGGAUGCAGAUGAGCUUGUUAUUUUGUUUUUAUCGCUGGAAAUUUAACAUGUUCCUCAAGCCCUGAUCCUCUCUGCUUUGAGAUAGCUUUUAUUUCAUGUUUUUUGAGUAUAGCUUCACUUGAAAAGGACAGCACAGUGUGUUAUUACCACAUACCUUAUAUUGCAUUAAGGUGUUCUGCUUCAGCUACUACUUCAAAAAGCUUUUCUGUUUCUAUAUCAUCAUGUCUUGUGAUCUUUGAGGUCUUUCCAUCGCUUCCCUCAGGCAUGAAUAGGCAGAUAGGUAUAAAAGCAAAGAGGAAUGUGGACAGAGAAGCACAAUGUGCAACUUGGUGGAGCGGCUCCAGAUCAGUAGUUGUUGCAUGUUUCUCAUGCAAUGUACCGAAUCUUUGCUUUUAUUGUGAAGGCAGGGAAGGAUCACAAAUUUUCCAUCGACAUGAGAUGCACAAAAGGUUUACAGUAAAUAACAAUACACCAAGAACAAUGUGAAACUGAGCUCCUUGUCCUGAAGACACAGCGAUUAUGUCAGUCAUCUGGUAACAGAAUCAUUUCUAUAUUUCAUCUGUGGAAAAAGUUGCUACAGCUCCUUUACAAGAGAGGAAAAGAUCAAUGGACAAAACUUUGAAUUGGUUUGCAUCACUGUGUUGCAAUCCUUACCACCAGUGUGUGUGACAGGUUUCAGAAAGCAGAAGGAUUUGACCAAAGCUGGACUUUUUUUUCUGUUAACCAGACACCUCUUAUUUUAAAAGCAUGUUUUCCUGCAAUAUAUUGAUUUAAUAGUAAUUUGGGUUUGUGGUUAGAUUUGACCAAACUGCAAUAGAUGACAAUAGAUAUACAAAAAAACAUAAAAGCCUUGUUUUAGUUUUCUCAAGGACAUGUCCACUAACAGCAUAUGUGCCACAUUAAUUCAGACAGAGGUUCACAUGAGACCAGUUAUGCUUGUAUUGCUAAAGAUUGUCUGAAAACUCAAAUCUGUCCCAUAAAAAACUAAUUUUGACCACAAAGUUUUCUCUUUUUCUUCAGAAGCCUUCCAGGAGCUGCAGCACACAUCCACUCAGAAGUCGUGUAUUUAGUGUAAAGUGAACCACUUCGUAUUCAUUGAUGUGUAGACUUUAUUUAUGACAAGAUGUGUAAAUUAUAUACUUUUAUUCUCCUUUUGUUUUCCUGUGCAAUGUUUCAUUAUCUCUCUGUCUCUUGUAUUGUGUGCACUGAAUGCAAUACCACAUUAGUGUUCACUUACACAAUAAAGCCUUUCCAAAAACCA